ACUUGAAUGACGCACCCGGAAGUGACUUUCAACAGACGGAUAUUUUGCUUAUAUUGUUGCUAGCGGUAUUUGAUUAAUGUUACCUGGUUAUGUAGAAUCGGUGAAAGGAACUCUUUAAAGUGAUGGCAGAGGGGAGCAACAGACAGGAUGUUGUUUCUGAGUACCUUCAGCAAAACCCUCACCUGGCACACUGGGUGGAAUCCUUAAGAGAACUCUCCGAGACAAAUAAGCACUGGCAUGCAAGGCGAGAGUUUGUUCUGCGCAAUAUGGAGGUCUUUCCUACCAUCCAACCAGGGAUCCCAAGUUCCAGUCUGGACAGGCUUCUUUCUCUGUCCAAGGUUUGGGCCAACCAGACGUUCUUGGGCUGUAGCUAUCCCCAACCUGUGAUGGACAAGGUGAAAGAGAUGGCAGAAGGGAUUGGUGUGAACAAAAGUCCUGUGCAAAUGACAAAAGAUGAGUUCGUAGGAAAAGGAAAGAGGCCAUCUGUUUCAGCCGUGGAUGCUGAGAGCUGUGUUAAGAAACACAAAACCGUUCCUAACGACUCUGACAGUAAAGCCGGAGAACAAAAUACUGACUGUCCGAACGCUGCUGCUGUCAAAUCAGGUCCCCUACCCGAGGCCCCUGCAGAACAUCAGCCCUUCUUUAACCGGCUUUAUAAAACAGUGGCAUGGAAACUGGUGUCUGCAGGAGGCUUUGGACCCAACCUGGAUCACUUUGAGAUCCUGCGCACCUGUGUGGAGUCAUGCAAGGCCAGCCUUACUUGUGUAUUCGUGCCUCUCAAAGACAUUCCUGACCUGCCUGCCGGCUGCACCCAAAGAGAGGGCCAGGUGUGUGAACUGCGCUGCCAUGCUGUCUACGUAGGCACAGGAUACGGCCGUGACGAAUGUGCAGCGAGGGCCAUGGCCUCAAAGGAGGCCCUUAAAACAUUUCAGGGCCGGAAGGUGAUGGUGAAGAUCUGUCGUCGCAGGUUUCAGGGUCGAGAUGUAGAGGAUUUGGUCCUGUUGGACGAACAGCCGAGAAGCUCGAUUUUGCCUCCCGCUCUUAGCUAUCCUUUUUAAGUCUAAUUAGUACAUUUCUGUCUCUUUGUGCAUUACAACUGCUAAUUUUGUUCGGUAAAGACAUUUCCGGUGCGGUUAUGAGUUCAUGUUGAUGAUGGAAGGUUCAGGGCUGUAGUGAUCGCGUUUUAUACGCUGAAAUGUUUGAUGUGCAUUUAACACCGAUCAGAAACUGGCAACAGGUCUUUUUGGAUAAGACCGUUCAGAGUGCAAACUUAAGUGUGUAGGUUUGUUUAGAGUCUAUUGGUUGUCAUUUCGAACUUUACGCUAACUUGACUUUGGUCUGUAUAUAAGCUAAUGCUGAAUUAAUAAGCAAACUACACUUGGCAUCUUUACGUUCUAAAAUCUCUCGCAUUUCGUUCUGUUUUAAGAUAUUUCAAAUGGUUUCACUCAUUUCAUUUAUGAGGACAUGUACGUUUCAUCUCAAUCGUUGAUGUCCUUCUUAUAUGUUAAUGUAAAACGAGUUAGGAUUAUUUAAGUGUAUAUGCUUUUGAUGGAUUUAAGCCUGAAUCUGUUGUCAUGGUUCUUCUUCUUAGAGCAGCUAGUACUAAACUUUGAAUUUGACCUUAAUCUCAUUACCUUAAUCCAGGUUUUGUAUUACUGAAACACUGGCUAAAUAUUUUUGAAAAUACAUAAUUUUCCCUGUUUUGACAGCAGAUAAAACGGUCAAUAUUACAUGCUGAAAUCAAAGCCCUUGAGUUCUGUAUGUACUUAAUAAAAUAUCCCCUGUUUCACAAAAUGUGCUUUACUACAUUGGUUUAGUUUUUAUUAUAAUUCACUUUAAAAAAAAAAUAAUAAUAAUAACAAUCCUGGCAUUUAAUUAAUGGAUUCACAUUUUUGGUCAUCAUACAGAACUAUCUAUAUUUUCAGCUGAAGAAAUUGAUGUUUGAAGUAAGCAUAUGUUGAACAAUCCAAAUACUGUAUAUUAUUUAACACCCUGUAGUUGUUUGCUUAUAUAUCAAGCAUUCGAGUCAUUUUUAGUAAGCAAUAGAUAAUAGGAAACAUUAAGUAAGCAGUUAAAGUGAAUUGAGAAAUGUUUGCAACUUUUUAUUUUAUUGAAACGAUCUACAUUUAAUUGGAGAAGUCCUAGGUCUUUUAAUAAAAAGUUUUUCCAUCAAAAAGUCAUGGUAGGACUUGUUUAGUAUUUUUUUGUAGUUAAUAGGCAUUGUGUAUUGUUUUGUUUCAUCAGUGUCACAAAUUGUGAUGAAAUUAAUAAAACAGAAUAAACUCCA